CCGCAGAAAGAAUAUGAAUACUUUGUGUUAACAACCUUUACGAUUUUAUUAACAAACGUUAGUUACUAAACAUUAUGGAACAGCUGUCAUAAGUGAGGGUAACGGUGGUAAAAAUCUAGUAUUGGCUUUUCAGACAGUUGUUAGGGUCGUAUCUUAUUUCAGGUUGGUGGCAGCAGGAAAUAUUUAAAUAAAAACAUGGCCUCUCCUGUGGAGUACACCAUUGGCGGAGUGAAGGUCCACUUCCCCUGCAAGGCGUAUCCAUCCCAGCUAGCCAUGAUGAAUUCAAUCAUGCGAGGGUUGAACUAUGGACAGCACUGUUUGUUGGAGAGUCCCACAGGCAGCGGUAAAAGUCUGGCCUUGCUCUGCUCUGCGCUGGGCUGGCAGCAGGCUCAGAUGGCUAAAGUGAAAGAAGGAGGAGGUCAUGUUGGAGACGGAAGCCAGUCAAAUAAACAUGUGGGUGACUCCAAGAAGUCAGAACCUCCCAGGCCGUGUCCCUGUGAGUGCCACAGAGCAGCAGCCCAGCCUGCUGUGGUGGACCUCACUGAGUCACCUUGCAAAGAGACGGCCCAGCCAUCGCACACAGCAUCAGAACACAUGCCACUACCCGGUGAGUCUCAAACUAAAAGCCAGUCUUUAGCGUCCCGUCUGUCGGAGAAAGUCCAGGCCUCUCUAGACCCUGACUGCGAUAAAGAUGAGGACUUCAGACCAGACAGGAAGCGCAACCGUACUUCAGAGUACAAGAGCCAUAAAAGGCAGCGCACACAACAAGGCGUCAUAUUCAUUGAUGACGAACCUGAGUUGGAUAGUGAAACAUCUGGUCCCCAGAGCUGGAAAACUGCCUCAACCCACCAGGGAGCUGGUUUGUCCUCAUCAAGCAGUUCCUCCAAACCCUGCUCUCGCUGUCCGUGUGCAUCAGCCAAAGACAACUUGAAGAGCAAAGACAAAGACAAAGAUGGCAACAAGAAGAUUCCAAAGAUUUUUUUUGGCACACGAACCCAUAAGCAGAUAACUCAGAUUGCUCAUGAGCUGAAGCGCACCGUUUAUUCCGGAGUGCACAUGACUAUCCUUUCCAGCAGAGAUCACACCUGUGUCAACCCAGACGUGGCGCCGCAUUUCAACCGCAAUGAACGCUGCAAGGAUCUGCUGCAGGCCAAAGAUGGAAGGUCAUGCAGGUUCUACCAUGGUGUGCAGAAGAUGCGGGACCAGCACACCCUACAGUGGGUCCAUGGGCUGCGUGAAGCCUGGGACAUCGAAGAUCUGGUGUCUCUGGGGAAAAGGCUCCGUGCCUGCUCUUACUAUGCUGCUCGGGAACUUAUGCAGGAUGCCUCUAUCAUCUUUUGUCCGUAUAACUACUUACUGGAUCCAAUAAUCAGAGAGAGUAUGGAGAUUGACCUGGAGGGGCAGAUCUUGGUGCUGGAUGAGGCCCAUAACAUAGAAGACUGUGCAAGGGAAAGCGCCAGUUACACCUUAGAGCUCAGCGGCCUGCAGAUGACCAAAGAUGAACUGGAUGGCAUGGUCCACAGUAACAUUAGACGCUCCAAGCACGAGUCUCUCAGGAACUUCUGCUACGCCCUGAUUAACUGGAUCCAAGAGAGCCAGGCACUGCUGUCUGAACGAGGGUUUGAGAGCGCCUGCAAAGUCUGGAGUGGAAAGGAUAUACUGACCGUUUUCCACAGCUUGGGUGUCACAUUUGACACCUUCAGUAACAUGAAGCAAAACCUGGCAUCUGUGUUGGAGAAGGAGGAGCGUGUUGGUUUGGUUAAUGGCAAGGAGGACAUGGUGCAGGUCCCAAUUAUCAGCGCAUCUACAGCAACUGUCCUGAAAAACCUCUUCAUGGUGUUGGAUUUUCUCUACAGGGACAGCUGCAGGUUUGCUGAGGACUACCGCAUUGCAUUGCAGAGGAGCUACGCCUGGACCAAUCAGGUCCCACCUGACCUUCCUGAUGCCCAGGGCUUUUUGGUCCGGCCUCACCACCGACACCGUCAAAACGCGCGGGUUAAAAAGGAAGUUCUCACCCUGAGCUUCUGGUGCCUCAACCCUGCUGUGGCUUUCUCUGACCUGAGUGGGUCAGUGCGCAGUAUUGUACUGACAUCAGGAACCCUGUCACCUAUGGGCUCCUUCUCCUCUGAACUUGGGGUAAAAUUCACCAUCCAGUUAGAAGCCAACCAUGUGAUCAACAAAUCCCAGGUGUGGGUGGGCACUGUUGGUGCAGGACCCCAAGGCCGAAAACUCUGCGCCACCUUUCAGCACUCUGAAACAUUUGCCUUCCAGGAUGAGGUGGGGGAUUUGCUGCUCCAUGUCUGCCGGGUCAUGGCCAAAGGCGUACUCUGCUUUCUGCCUUCAUACAAGAUGCUGGACAAGCUGAAAGACCGUUGGGUCAACACUGGUCUGUGGGAGAAGCUGGACCAAGAGAAAACUGUCAUCACAGAGCCCCGCGGUGGUGGGAAGGGGGACUUUGAUGAGCUACUUCAAAUGUACUACGAUGCCAUAAAAACUUGUGAAGGUCGAGAUGGUGCACUACUUAUUGCUGUAUGCAGGGGGAAGGUCAGUGAAGGCCUAGACUUCACAGAUGACAAUGCCAGAGCAGUAGUGACCAUUGGAAUUCCUUUUCCAAACAUCAAAGACCUCCAGGUGGAACUAAAGAUGAAAUACAAUGACCAGCAUUGCAAGUCCAGAGGUCUCCUUCCAGGCCAUCGCUGGUAUGAGAUCCAGGCCUACAGAGCCCUAAACCAGGCACUGGGGAGAUGCAUCCGGCACAGAAAUGACUGGGGUGCCCUGAUUCUGGUGGAUGACCGAUACAAGAAUAAUCCUAAUAAAUACAUUGCAGGUUUGUCUAAAUGGGUCCGCCAGCUUGUCCAGCAUCACAACACCUUCAGCAAUGCUAUGCAGUCUCUGGAAGCUUUCACUAAGGUGCAGCAGAAUGUGGAGGUGGCCCCUGUGAACAGCCUGGCAUUCAGCGUUUCUGAUUUGUCUGAAAAUAGUCCCUUGUUUGUGUCGGCUCAGAGUUUUAGUGGAGAACCAGAACCUCGGAGAACCAGUUCAUUUGACAAACCCUCUUAUUCCCAGCAGAACACAAUCACACAGCUGAAAACUGAACACCAUAACACAGCAGACCCGCUGAAGGGACUGCAAAGUGCUCCUGCUAAGCAACUCUCAGCCCAGCAUUUGUAUCACAUUUUCACUAUCAGCCCUACAAACACCAACCUAAAGAUGCCCAUCUUUAAAGCGAAACCAGUGAACUGCUCCGUCCGGCCUGGGGCCCUGCAGAUUUCUUCUCCACCAGUGAAUCUAGAAAUAUUGCACACUAAACAAACGGAUGGAAACUGUCUCAGUGAAAACACUGAGGCUCCGGGGGUCUCCACAAUAACCACUCCUCCUGGCUUUAAAAGUGAAUCACCAGUACCAGCAAAGUCUUCAGAUGAUGAUGAGGACAAGAGUGUUUUCUAUACUCCGGAACUUUUUGAGGAUGAAGGAAACCUGCCGAAAGAGAACCAUGUGUCCUCUCCCAGAAUUGAUCCUGAUACAGAGAGAUCAGCCACUCCAUCCCAGGAGUUAGCCCCUGCGUUUGGUGAACAGAGUGUUGCUUCAGCCAGUAAGCAAAGCACAAAGCUAUCACAGGGCCAGAAAGAGGGCACAGAGGCACUGCAGCAAAGUGAGAAAACAGAGGAGGAUGAGAGCCAGAACAGACAGAGAGGAAGUAGACUUCACAGGCUGUCCAGGUCCAGACAGAGAGUUUCCCUCAGUCAGGCAGGUAACCACCAGUCUGGACACACAGAGUAGCACACACACUACAUCCUUACAGAGAAGGAAGGUUUCCACCAAAUAUUAGCAAAGGACUCAAACCAUGCAAUUAAAUUGUAUGCGUUAUAUUGUGUCUUUGCUUCUCGAUUCUUAAUCAUGUUUGAUCUUAAAUUGUUUAUAUUCCCUUAAUGUUGUUAAGCAUGUUGCAGUUGCCUCAGGCAAUUUAUACUCUGACACUGCACACAGCCGUCUCUUGCCAGCUGCUCAUGUGUUGUGACGGCUCUUCUUGUUAAGGCCCAUUCGCAGCUCAAAUAAACAAAACCAACCAACAUUAUCAAGAUUGCUGCAUAAACUGAACAUUUCUUUGGGUAAAUCUUUAAAAUACACAAACAGGAAUUUGUGUAUUUUCUGCAGGAGUAAAUAAGUAUGUAGUUCAAUUUAAUGAUGUGUCUGUAGGUAAUGAAUGAACACAGCAGAAGCUCUAUUAUGCCCGAUUGAACCCUGAAUGGAGGACCAUCUUACUCUAAGUAGUUUUAGGUUACUCACUGUGUGUUUGGUAGGGAUUUGUUUUACUGUUGGAGAAUAUACUGAUAAAUAGCAAGUUAAGCUAAAGUAGAAUUUUACUAUUUCGUUUAAUUGUUUUUUUUUCUGUUUCUUCUUCUAAAUUCUUCAAAGUGUUAUGGGUAGAAAAUCAAUAGUAUAAAUAAACCCACCCUACGCUACAUGAAUGAUAACACCGCUUUCAUUAAAUAAAACAGAUAUAAUCAGUAAAAGUUGUUUAGAUGUCAUCACUAAAUGAUACCCUGCUUUGAGUUAUUUUCAUUGGUUGUAAUUGGGGUUCUUAGGGUAGCACUGAUGUUAGAAGAUAUACAUUUAUGUAUUUUCUCCCAAUUAUACUCUUAUUAGAGUUGUUACUGAUUCCUUUACUUUCUGUGAUAACAAUAAUUAUAAUUUAAGUGCAAACUGUUUGAAUGAAUACAGAUUUAAUGUCUAAUGUCUGGCUGUGUAAAAGAACAAGAAUGAAAUGUAACAAAACAAUCUGGGGUCUUUACUAUUUUAAACAACUGUCUCUUAAGUUACUACCCAUUAAAACAUUUCCUAACAGAAUAUUGCAAAAGGGGAUUUUUUUUAGAUUUUUGAAGUAUGGAUGUUUUGAGAUGUUAUGAGUUGACAGUAUUUUACCUGCAAUAAA